AUGGGGUUAAAACACGAAGUUUAUCAUGUAAAAAACCUACAAGAUGCGGUGAAAUACAUUAGUGCCUCCCCGCAACGGAUCAAGACCUUUAAACAAGCCAUGAAGGAUGCAGUUGUAGAAAGUCAAAGGUUUUUGUGUGGUGAAACUCCAACAAGGUGGAACUCUACCUUUGAAUUGCUAAGAUCAGCAUACGAUGUGAAAGACGCAUUUCUCGAAUAUAGCCAUCACGAUCCAAUGUUUCUGAAAACUGUUGGAAGGGUACCAUCACAUUCAGAUUUUGAGAUGAUUAAAAAGAUGAUGGAGUUCCUUGAAAAGUUUAAGAAAAAAACUGAAAAAUUUUCGUGUUCAACAAAGUCUAUCUUCCAUACGUAUACCCGGGAGAUCCUAGACAUAGAGCAACAUCUUAGGAAACAUGAAACCAACCCGGAUUUUAUGUUUAUGGUACCAGAUAUGAAAAAUAAAUAUGACAAAUAUUGGGGUGACUAUGAUACUAAAAGUGAUUAUGUCUUCUUUGCGACAUUGUUAGAUCCCCAAUGCAAGUCAAAGUUUAUGAAAGUUGUUUUUACCCAAAUGCUUAAAGCCAAGAACAAAGAAAAAAAGAUUUAUGUUGAUGAGAUAGAAUCCAAAGCAUGUGCAAAGGUUAUUGAUAUCGAAUGCAAACUGGACAAGUUUUUCAAGACAUACUUGGAAAGGUCAAACACGACCUCAUCGUCUCAACAAGAAACUCCCGAAGAAGUUGUUAAUUUUGAUGACAAAAACGAAUUCUUUGGAAGCUAUAUGACUUCGGGAAGUUUCCCCUCGACUUUGUCAGAAAGUCAAUUGCAACGAUACUUAAACGAGGACCCAAUCGGAUUUGACAAAGGAUAUGAUAUCCUCACAUGGGGGGAAAAUAACACGGUGCGGUUCCCGAUCGUUGCUCGAAUGGCAAGAGAUAUUUUGGGGAUGCAAAUUUCCAUCGUAGCAUCCGAAUCCACAUUCAGUAACGGUCGUCGAGUAAUUACCGACUACCGUACUAAUUUUUCCGUUGUGAUUGUGGAGGCAUUAAUAUGCACUCAAGAUUGGCUAAGAAAGAGUAGCUUGCCUAUAUAUGACUACGACGAAGUGCACGAUGUGUUAGCUGACGAUGACCUCGCUAUCGACAUUGUGGAUGCUAUACACAACUUGAAGCUAACGGGGAAGAGGUCGGGGAAUUAG